UGAUAUAAGGACCCUGGUGGCUGCCUCUCGUUGCCUUGUUUACUUUACACCUCCAGCUGACCCCAGGAUAGUCUCUUGUUUUCUUUACCUAUCCUCUGCCUCAGGCUAAGUGUUUAUGAGAACAAACGUGGAUAGCGAUACUGACCAAAGUGGCUCUAACGACGGCAUAAAGGUCAUGGACACCUCGGAAUGGCUGGAAGAGACGGGCAAGAUGCACAUCCACCGUGCCGACAUGAACAAACUGAUAAUGAACUACCUCGUCAUGGAGGGGUUUAAGGAAGCAGCCGAGAAAUUUUCCAUAGAAGCGAACAUAAAACCUCCAAUGGAUUUAGAUCAGCUGGAUGAACGUAUUCGUAUCCGGUCAGCCAUCCAGACUGGCCACUUCCAAGAUGCUAUGAGGAUGGUGACGGCGCUCCACCCAGAGAUCCUCGACGAUAACUCCCAGCUCUACUUCCAUCUUCAGCAACAAGUGUUAAUUGAACUGAUCCGGGAGGGUCGUGUUGAGGAAGCCGUAGUAUAUGCUCAGGACCACCUGGCUGAGAGAGGCCAGCGAGACCCAUCCAUCCUUAAUGAGUUAGAACGGACCUUAGCACUGUUAGCUUUUGACCAGCCAGAUACCUCCCCCUUUGGUGAUUUACUGCAUCCUUCUCAUAGACAAAAGGUUGCAAGUGAACUAAAUGCUGCCAUACUGCGAGCUCAGAACCAAGAAGAAACGACUCCUCUGCUGGCUGAGCUGUUGAAACUCCUCCUCUGGGCUCAGGAUGAACUGGACAAGAAGAAGGUUCAGUACCCAGUGAUGACAGAUCUUAUUAAAGGUCAGAUCGAGGAACACAAGUGAACUUACGCAAUCUUCCUCACAGUCACGUGUUAGUUUCUUCAAUUUGAUAGCACUGUAGCUAGAGAUUAUUUAUUAUGUACAGUAGACACUUUCCUGUUGAGGCAGAAACAUAACUUGUGCUCCAUAAUCUUGUGAUAAUGUACUCAAGGUCUCUAGUGAAGCCUCUCUCGGCUUUUUGUAUUGUUUUAUAUUAUCAAAUACUGUACUUGUAGAGGUACGGUAUGAUGAUGAUGUAGAGGUACAGAAUGAUGAUGUAGAGGUACAGUAUGAUGAUGUAGAGGUACAGUAUGCAAUUUUUGAAUCUGUUGUUGGUGUGCGUGAAUUAGAUUUCUGUCUCAAACAAUUAUUAUUGUCUGCUGCCAGAGCGGUCAUGGUGAAACGUCAUUUGCACUCUCUCUCCAACUGUUUGCGGGUGACUAUAUCAAGUGAUUAAUCUUGUACUUUGUAAUCUCCAAUAAAAGUGAUAUUUUGAAAAAUUUUUGGUAAACUAAAUUGAAGAAAUUUAACAUAUCCAGAGGACUUAAUAUAUAGUUAAAGUUUUUCAUACAUUUCAUUUGAUGGCCGAGAAGUACUUGGCAUAAAUUACUUUGAGUGCAGCAACACACGGAGUGUUUACAGCGUGAAUAUAACUUGUGGACUUGUUACUCAACAAUAUAUGAGGCGUUGCGUGGAAAAACUAGCACGAGCACCAUUCUCAUUUUUUGUCAGGAAAUUCAUUCAAAGUUUACAACAUUUAGUAAUUGAUAACAUGGAAAGUAUUCUAGUUAGAAUGUUGCAGUUUCUUUUAAAAUGAAGCUGAAUGUUUGUAAGUUAUGCAAAUAAUUUUUUGCAACGAUAUUGUUAACCUCACCUAACCGGACCUACCGUAACCAACAAUAAUGUUUCCUUAAUGUUUUGUAAUAAAAACUCGGGUAAAUACAGUACACCCUAAAUUGAUUUUCCACUGUGGGAAGCUUCACUGUCAUCAGGCCCCUGGACACUGACUCCCUAGGUGGCUUCUGAGAAUAAAACAUGACUGAAGAGAAGCCUCCAGUCGACGUAGAGGGCACAGGCUGGGCCUCAACAUCAACAACUUAGUCACUAUCACUUGACAUUGUUGUGUAGUGACAAUUCACAACCGCAAACGGCGAUAUUAAUGAAGAAAAGCAACGCUCCCUUAGCACGAGAUGCACCUCCUCCGCACUCAAGUCUCAAGACAAGGACUGAAAAAAAGUGCGCCACCAGCCCUGCCCGGCAUGCAGUUCUGCUUGCUGAUUGGCUGCCUCCACCAUAAAGCUCCCUUCUUACCCCCACCCCAAGCCCACAAACACACUUACAGCCUUAUGACAUAAGGCCCUAUGUUUCACACAAAGAAUUUGGCGGAUGUGCUACAUUCACCACGCAAAAAUGAUAAAAAUGUAGCCUUGACGAGAUGUGAACCAGAGUUAGGUUUUUGUCUAUGGACUUUUAAACCAUAUGGUCAGUGUCGUUUGGGCAUUCAUUCAUCACCUCAUGAAAAUAGUGUGUUUUAAGAACCAUUUGCAGUCAUGUGGCCUCGGUGGUGCUAGUUUCUCCACGCAAUGCCUCGUAUCUCCAUGAUACAUUAAAUAAACUUUAUCAAAUAAUUUCAGAGCAAUAGCUGGCAUUCACUGUUUAAUGCUGGUCAUUUAUAUUACGAUAAGAAUUAUGAAGAGGUUUAUAUAAAUAUACUUUUAAGCUUUUGAAGAAGGAAUAAAGAAAGAGAAUAA